UGUACCUUCGACGAGGAUGGCCCAUCAUUACGUGUCUGCACGCGGGGCUGCGCAGCUUCCCAAGUACAAGUACAGCGGCAACGACAGGUCGUUGCUGUACAACUACUUUCUCUCUCCGUUGGCCCAGCGCAUCGUGGACACGUUCUUCCCCCCAUGGCUCGCUCCCAACACGAUCACCACGGGUGGCCUUGCCCUCGUCGCGACCUCGCACGUGAUCCUCGCGUACUACGCACCGACUCUGGAUGGCGUCGCUCCGCCCGCCGCGUACUUUUUCAGUGCCGCGGCUUUGUUCUGGUACCAAGUGCUGGACGUGACGGACGGCAAGCAGGCCCGCAAAACAGGCAAUUCGUCGCCCCUCGGACUCUUGUUUGACCACGGAUGCGACGCGGUCAACGUCGUCUUCAGUGCAUGCACGAUGGCAUCCACCAUGCUCAUGGGCCCUUCGAUCUGGUCGCUCGGCCUCCUCCUCGCCCCGUCCUGCGUGUUUCUGUUUGCCACGUGGGAGGAAUACUACACUGGCUCGCUCGACUUGGGUCUGGUUAACGGACCCAACGAAGGCCUGGCCAUCAUGUACGUCAUCUACGCCAUCACGGGUGUCCUAGGACCUGCCAUCUGGACCCAGCCGUGUGUGCUGUACCCCGCGCUUCCCAACAACGCCGUGUUUGUGAUCGCCACCGCCUUGGGCGCGGCAGGCCAGUGCCUCGUCAACGUGUUCAACGUGUCGCAAGCCGUGACACCCGCCAAGUUUGUCGCGGCGCUGGGCCGUCUCUCGCCGUUCGUGGGGUUCAUAGCUGCGUCUCUCGCCUACGGACUCUACUCUCCGUCCGACGUCCUCCACUCCCACCCGCGCCUGCUCCUGUGGACCAUCGGGCUGAUCUCAUGCAAGAUGGUCAUGCACAUCAUGUUGGCGCACUUGUGCGAAGAGCCAUACUGGUUGGUCCGCAAGUCGUUUGUGCUGGUUGGCGCCGUGGUGGGCCUCGUGGUAGCUGGGGUGAUUCCCAAGGUCCACGAAGAAGCCGUGUUGUAUGGCGUGAGUGCUGGCGUCGUGGCCGUGUACGUGCACAUGGUGUACUUUGUCGUGACCGACUUGACGGCUAUCUUGAAGAUCAAAGUGUUUACCGUCAAGGAAAAGCAGUAAUCACAACAAGGAAAAAACUUCCAUAUGACCGAUUCGUUCGUUCGUGUGGCGACUUCUCCCGUGAUAUGAAUACAUAUAUAUAUCUCAC